GUAAAAGAAAAUAGAAGAAGAAGAAGAAGAAGAAGAAGAGUUUCAGAGAGAGAGAGAGGAAGAGCCAUGAACAUGACGACCUCCAGAACCUUUCUCAUCCUCCUCUUCUUGGUCAACUCCCUCUCCAUUUACUUCCUCCUCCACGCGCAACACCGUGACGGCUCUUCCGGCCGCUCUCCCUCAACGGAGGGCGGCCGCUCUCGGCCGCCGCAAACCCACCGCCGCCGCCACCUCAAGCCCUGGCCGAUUCUCCCCUCGUACCUCCCUUGGUCGCAGGAGGCCGCGGCCGUCCCCCUCCGCUCCUGCGAGGCCUACUUCGGCAACGGCUUCGGCCGCCGCGUCGACUUCCUCUCGUCCUCCUCCGCCGCCGUCGGGGCCGGAGGCGGCGGAGGAGGAGGCUGGUUCAGGUGCUUCUACAGCGAGACUCUUCGAAGCUCGAUAUGCGAGGGAGGGAGGCUGAGGAUGGUGGCGGGGAGGAUUACGAUGUCGAGAGGAGGGGAGAAAUUGGAGGACGUGAUCGGGAGGAGAGAGGAGGAGGAGCUGCCGGUGUUCAACGACGGCGCGUUCGAGAUUGAAGGGAGCGGGAUAAGUCGGAGGAGGAUGGUGACUAGCGAUGAUUUAGACAGGUAUAUUCCUGCAGGUGAUGUAUCGCGGCACACCGUGCGGGAAUUGAUUGGGUCCAUCCAAGUUGUCGGGGCAGCGGAAUUUCAGUGCGAUCAGUGGGUCGAGGAAUCAACACUUCUGGUCACUCGCUUUGAGUAUGCAAAUCUAUUCCACACAGUGACUGAUUGGUACAGUGCAUAUGUCUCUUCCAGGGUUACCGGGUUACCGUAUCGACCACGUUUGGUCUUUGUGGAUGGCCACUGUUCGACACAAUUGGAAGAUACGUGGAGAGCACUAUUCUCAGGCUUCAUAUAUGCCAAGAACUUCAGUGUUUCUGUUUGUUUCCGCCAUGCUAUUUUUUCUCCAUUGGGAUAUGAGACAGCAUUAUUCAAGGGACUUAGUGAAGAGAUUAACUGUAGUGGAGCAUCUGCCCUUCAUCUUUGGAGAAACCCAGAUGACCGAAAAGCUGCCCGGUUAUCUGAGUUUGGAGAAAUGAUUAGAGCAGCAUUUGGAUCCCCAGUGCACAAGCAACGAUUGGAAAAGCCGGUCUCUGUCCAUAACAUACUCUUUGUGAGGCGUGAAGAUUACCUAGCCCAUCCACGUCAUGGUGGUAAAGUCCAAUCAAGGCUAAGCAAUGAGCAAGAAGUUUUUGAUUCCUUGCAGAGCUGGACAGAUAAUCAUCUUGGCUGCAAGAUAAACCUUGUUAAUGGACUGUUUGCCCACAUGUCAAUGAAAGAACAAGUCCGAGCUAUUCAGGAAGCUUCGGUCAUCAUUGGUGCUCAUGGCGCAGGUUUGACUCACAUAGUGUCAGCAACACCCAAAACUGUGAUUCUGGAGAUCAUCAGCAGAGAAUACAGGCGCCCGCAUUUUGCUCUGAUUGCCCAGUGGAAAGGAUUGGAAUAUCAUGCUAUUGAUCUCUCCGGAUCAUAUGCCACCCCAUCUGUUGUUGUCGACAGGCUCAGUAGUAUCAUGAAAAGCCUUGGAUGCUGAUAUACACGAUUGCAAAACGAAGUUUCUCAUUACUCUAAAUGGGGGAACAGCAGCCUCCACUUUGGGCCACUUGUUUCUGCAGCCCACCUGGCCGGCUAGCAUUCGUUUUGAGUUCGUUCUUUCGCAUGUGGUGCAGUGCAUCAGAAGUUGGGCAUGAUGCUUCCUUCGGGGAAGCCAUAUGUCUUUCAAUAGUGAAUAGCACUUCGAGGAGCUGUUGAGAACGGAGCAGCAUGUAAUGGUACUUGCCUUGCAGUGCGAGAGGUAUCCUCAUGGCAGUUCAUUGAACUAUCAGCAAGUGUGCUGAUAAUGCUUCGGCCACAACAAUUGAACUCACACAAAUCAAGUUUCAAGCCGGUCAAUCGUUUGGUGUACAGUCAGAAUUGACUUCUACGACUAUUUAUCUCUGUACAGAACAACAUCACGGAUGUGUUCAAUUCAGUUGUACAGUGAGGAGAGGAAUUUCUCUGUGGUUGAUAUGAAGUCGAUUCUCUCCUGGUUGCUGUGGUUCGGACUUGAAUAUUGAUGGAACUUUUAUUCAUUCUCUGCUAGGCAUUACGAAUUUCAGACUGAUGGUUAGACAUCAUUGUAGGGGUACUUCUUGAAUAAUUGGGCUGUACCAAAUUUUCACUCUCAUGUUCAAGCUUGUGGUACUGUUUCACCGGGAUUUCACCCAGAAGCGAAAUAUGUUUCUCCAAAAGAUUGAUUUUGGUUUCCUUUUUUAUGAAAUGGGGUUUCUGUUGA